AUGGCAGCCGACCUCUCCCAAGUUGUGGGCCACGAACUUGAUCCAAAGCCCGUUUCUUGGAAUCAACGCGACUUAUUAACCUAUGCAGUCGGUGUCGGCGCAAAAGCGGAGGAUUUGAACAUUGCAUAUGAGCUUCACAAGUCAUUCGCCCCCCUCCCGACCUACCCUGUUGUCCUCCCCUUCAAAGGCGACUCGCCGGAGCUCAACAACUUUGCGAAGACUCUCUACGCGAAGCCCAUUCCGUCAAUGCCGCCCGUCGACCCGAAUCGCGGUGUACAUGGCUCGCAGUCUAUCGAGAUACUGAAGGACUUGCCGUUGGUUAGCGGACCUGGCUGGACGUGGACGACCAAGUAUGUUGGUGUGGCCGAAAACAAGAGUGGCAUUGUCGUUACCACAGAGAACACCCUCCUUGACCCAAAAGGCGUUGCCUACGCCAAGCUCUAUAGCGCUUCCUUUAACCUCGGUGCCAAAGCCCUUGGGAAACCUUUCUCCAAAUACGUCGCUGGCCCACCUCAGAGCAAGCCGAUCCCCACAGACCGGCCCGCCGACUACGUCUUCGCCGACCAAACCACCUCAGAACAGGCGCUCAUUUAUCGCCUCAGUGGUGACUACAACCCACUGCACAUUGACCCAGCCGUCGGAAAAGGCACUGGGUUUGGCGGGGUCAUCCUCCAUGGGCUUUCCACCUUUGGAUUCGGUGCGCGCGCGCUUAUCCAGACCGCCGGUGGAAACGACCCGCGGAGUCUGAGGCUGUUUGGCGUGCGAUUUACAUCACCGGUCAAGCCGGGCGAUAGGUUGGAAACGUCUGCUUGGGAGGUCGGAAAAGGGCCAAAUGGGACGGUGGAGCUGGCGUUCCAGACGAGGAAUCUGACUAGCGGGAAAGUCGUGCUUGGCGGGGGUGUUGCGUUCGUGCGGAAGUUGAUAACGAAGUUGUAG